AUGAAGCUUCUAAUCAUCUUCUUCAUACUCUCAGCAACAACUACAACUACUAUUGUUGCAGCAUCUAGCUCAGAUGACUAUGACGAUGGCUUAAACACGUAUGAAAUUGAAGAAACUACUUCUCUACGUGGGCUGAGCCGGUUUCUUGCACUGCAGAAGCUGCCGGCCAAUUAUACUUGUGACAAGUUCCCACGAGUUUGUCGUCUGAAAGGCAGCGCUGGGCCGGAUUGCUGCAAGAAGAAAUGUGUCAACGUGAAGACGGAUCGGUUGAACUGUGGGAUGUGUGGCUACAAGUGCAAGUACACUGAGACCUGUUGCAGAGGGAGUUGUGUGAAUGCAUCAUUUGAUAAAAGGCAUUGUGGUGGCUGCAAUAAGAAGUGCAAGAAGGGGGAGUUGUGUGUGUAUGGAAUGUGUAACUAUGCUUGA